AUGGCGGCCAACACCAUCGUCCUGAUCACAGGCGCCAACACAGGUCUAGGCCUCGAGACAGUCAGGUCUUUACUCCAGUCACCCGGCAAAACAUACACCAUCCUCCUGGGCGGCCGGAGUCUGGAGAAAGCCACCACGGCUGCGAAGCAGGUCAAGGACGAGUUCCCCCAGAGUCAAAGCGUCGUGACGCCCGUGCAGAUUGACGUCGAGGACGACCAGUCAAUCAAUGCUUUGUUCGAGAAUCUGGAGCAGCACCAUGGAAGGCUGGAUGUGCUGAUAAACAACGCUGGUGAGGCUUCUGUCCCGAUUAUUCGAGCUGCACCUUUAGUCUCAUCGUCCUCUCAUCAAAGCUCGAUAAAAGGGCUAACGCUGACCUUGAUGCUUUCCUGUGCUUCGACAGGCGGCCAGCUCGAGCCAAAAAUGUCCUCUGGUGAACUCACCAUGCGCCAGAUGUGGAACAAAUCCUGGGAUGUCAACGUCACAGGCACGUACAUCCUCACAUACACACUCAUCCCACUCCUCCUAAAGUCCUCUGACCCUCGCCUCCUUUUCAUCACAAGCGGGACUGCCACUCUCACCGAGAGCACAAAUCCAGCGGUCAUCGUCAAUCAGUCCCCCGGGGAGAAGGGUUGGCCUAAAACCAACCGUGGCCUCACUGGGCUGGGGAUUCCGGCAUACAGGGCCAGCAAGACUGGAAUGAACAUGAUGAUGCGCGAGUGGGUUAGGGUCUUGAAGGACGACAAUGUCAAGGUGUGGUGUGUGAGCCCCGGCUUCUUGGCAACGGGACUUGGUUUUGGCAACCCGGAGCGAUUGAAGCAGCUGGGUGCAUUGGACCCGAGUGUCGGAGCCGGCGUGGUGAGAGAUGUAGUAGAUGGACUGAGAGACCAAGAUGUCGGGUCUGUCGUGCGGAAAGACGGGGUCCAGCCUUGGUGA